AUGAUAGCUGCGUGUCACACGGAAGACGAGGAGGAGACCGAGAUCAUAGAUGAUGGCUUUGGGAAAAGCAAACCCCCUUUUGGACAUUAUUCAUAUCAGAAUAACACCGGCUCUUUGAAGAUCGUGAUCAUUGGAAAUUCUUGGGCAACGCAACAAGCGCAUAUUGUCCGAAAGCUGUUUCCGCCCUCCACUACCAGUUCUAUGGACUUAUUCUCACUAGCUGGUCACUGUAUCGGCAUCCAUCAACAAGAUCCCGAGACCGAAUUCGUGAUGAGCUACCUGGAAGGGCUGCAACCGGAUUACAUAUUUGUUUUGUUGCGAUAUGUACUGGAGCUCCAGGACUAUCGAUAUGUCAAAAGACGGGAUGAUGAAAUUCUGGAAAGAUAUAGGGCUGGAAUUGGCAGAAUGAGCAAAACGACGAAAAAGCUUUUCCUCGAACUCGACAGCCCCUAUAAAUGUGAUGGUUACAAAAUGGACUAUCUGAAUAGAUUCAUUGAUGUUUUGGAGAAAAAUGGCAAUGUAUCGACGCUAGACUUCAAAUAUGAUGAACCAGCCUUUCUUACCUCGAAUCCACGAAAACGCCUAAGAAAUGUAUUGAAUAGAUGCAAAAAUUGCUACCCUAUCGAUUUGUCGGAACCGUUUAUAGACCACCAGAACCAAAUCCUCAAAACCUACGACAAAAUUCGGAAGCUCGCCUACUUUGACAACACUUGUCACCUGACGGAUGUGGGACUCGGGCGAAUUGAGAAGCCGUUCCAGCGAGCCGUCGAGAAAGCCUUAAACCAUACGCUUAAACAU